ACGAAAAUACGAUUCACGGAUCGAGCAACCUUCGUUGGAAGGCACGGCCAACACUGUAAAGUGUGGAGGCCAGUCAGUCGGCGUCAGCUGACAGUGAAACACGUGUUUUUUGCUGAAUUUAACUAUCACGUCGCAAUGUCUCAGCAAGGGCCGGCGUUUGACGUCAACGCUAUGACGCUGACUCGGUGGGUCCUAGGACAGCAGAGGACCGCACCUUCAGCUACCGGCGACCUGACCCAGCUGCUGAACUCCAUCCAAACAGCUGUCAAGGCUAUACAAUCGGCCGUGAGGAAAGCCGGCAUCGCUAAACUUCAUGGUAUAUCCGGCGACACGAACGUGCAGGGCGAGCAGGUGAAGAAGCUGGACGUGCUGUCCAACGACCUGUUCAUCAACAUGCUGAAGUCCUCCUACACCACCUGCCUGCUCGUCUCCGAGGAGAACCCUACCGUCAUAGAGGUUGAAAAUGAAAGGCGCGGCAAAUACGUGGUAUGCUUCGACCCCCUGGACGGUUCCUCAAACAUCGACUGCUUGGUUUCAGUCGGCUCCAUCUUCUCUAUUUACAAAAAGACAUCGGCAGGCGAGCCCUCGGUAUCGGAUGCCCUAAAGCCUGGUAACGAGCUCGUCGCUGCCGGGUAUGCGCUGUACGGUUCCGCUACGAUGCUGGUGCUGGCCCUCGGCAAGGGAAAGGGCGUCCACGGCUUCAUGUACGACCCUUCGCUUGGAGAGUUCAUCCUCACAGACCCUAACAUGAAGAUUCCUGAAAAGGGCAACAUCUAUUCUAUUAAUGAAGGUUAUGCGGCUGAAUGGGAAGCCGGUCUGAAGCAGUACAUCGAUGACAGGAAGCAGCCAAAGACAGGCAAGGCUUAUGGCGCGAGAUACGUCGGCUCUAUGGUGGCCGACGUUCACAGGACUAUCAAAUAUGGCGGCAUCUUCAUGUACCCUGCUACCAAGUCCGCGCCAAAUGGAAAGCUUCGUCUACUCUACGAAUGCAACCCCAUGUCGUUUAUCGUGACUGAAGCUGGUGGUCUCGCGUCCAAUGGUAAGAUCCCGAUCCUCGACAUCGUCCCCACUGGCAUCCACCAGCGAGCGCCAUGCUACCUCGGCUCCAAGAAAGACGUAGAAGAAUUACUUCAGUACCUGAACUAAAUACAGGAACUUUUUUGAUUCCGAUGUAACACGAAUGGGUACGAAGAUUUCCGAUGUACCAUAUUAAAUGCUACCUAUUAAAUGAAGAUUUUGAAACGUGUGCGUCAUGAAUUGAAAUUGCGAUUAACCUGACUAAAGUGAAUUAUUAUGAUAUACCGAAUUAUUUUUAUAAUGGUGACUAUUUUUGUUGUUGUUAUCCUUAUUAUAUAAGAAAGACUGAA